AGCAGUGGGGAAACUUCAGUCUCACUUCUCAGUGGGGACCGGAGGAGUUACCGUGUGCAGGCACCGGGCACUCUCUGCUCCCCUGAGCCGACGCAGGGGCUCCAGCACCAUGAGCGGUGCUCGCCGACACCUCGGAUUCCUGCUCCUGGCCGAAGCAGUGCUGUGUGCUGCUGCCACACGGUUUCAAGAUGUGCUGGGCCAGGGAAGUACUUCUCCUGUCAUAUCCUACAGGAAGCUGCAAGGCUGGUCUAGUGAUCAAAAUAAAUGGAAUGAAAAGCUUUAUCCUUUCUGGAAAGAAGGAGAUCCCAGAUGGAAGGACUGCUGGAAAGGCGGAAGGGUGACAGUCAAAUUGGACACUGACAGCCCAGCACUGGUAGGAUCCAAUGUGACUUUUGUUGUAACUCUCCAGUUUCCCAAGUGCCAGAAAGAAGAUAAUGACGGCAACAUAGUAUAUGAGAGAAACUGUACCCAGGAUUUUCCAGUUUCCCAAGAUCAGCAAGUCUAUGUCUACAACUGGACUGAAUGGAUUGACAACUGUGGCUGGGAAAACUGCACAAGCAACCACAGCCAUAACGUAUUCCCAGAUGGGAGACCUUUCCCUCAUUAUCCUGGCUGGAGGAGAAGAAACUUUGUCUACGUGUUUCACACGUUUGGUCAGUACUAUCAGAGAACUGGACGAUCUUCAGCAAUGUUUUCAGUCAACACAGCAAAUAUCACUCUUGGCAAACACGUGAUGGCAGUAUCCAUUUACAGGAGAGGGCACUCAUCAUACGUUCCAAUUGCAAGAGCAAGUGCCAUUUAUGUUGUGACAGACAAAAUUCCAGUAUCUGUGAGUAUGUUCCAAAAACAUGAUCGCAACAUCUCAGACUCCAUUUUUAUCAAAGACUCACCAAUCACAUUUGAUGUGAAGAUCCAUGAUCCCAGCUACUAUCUUAAUAAUUCUGCCAUCUCUUACAAGUGGAACUUUGGAGAUGGAAGUGGCUUAUUUGUAGCCAGCAGUCCUGUGGUGUCUCACACCUAUACUCUGCAAGGAAACUUCACUCCAAAUUUAACUGUCCAAGCCAUCAUACCUGUACCUUGUAAGCCAGUGACACCCACUGCACCACUGCCCACCUCAGCAGUAAUUGCUGGAGCAGCUUCUAAUGAAGACUAUUCUACCACUGUCGAGUCAAUGGAAGAUAAUCCAGAUGAAGGCUGCCAUAUUUACAGAAAUGGAUACUACAGAAGUGGUAUCUCUGUCGUAGAGGGAAUCCUUGAGGUAAAUAUUAUACAGAUGAUGAGCAUCCAGAUGACAGAAAGUCAAGCUGAAAACUCACUGGUUGACUUUGUUGUUACCUGCCAAGGGAGUCUCCCCACAGACGUCUGCACAGUAGUUUCUGACCCCACAUGUCAGGAGUCCAAGUCUGUGGUAUGUGACCCCGUCACCAUCACUGAUGAAUGCUUACUCACCAUCAGGAGAGCUUUUGAGGAACCUGGAACAUACUGCAUAAACAUCACCUUGGGGGAUGACACAAGUCAAGCCCUUACCAGCGCGCUGAUUUCUGUAAAUGGAGGAUCAUCAUCAGGAAAAACAGAAGGUGUCUUUAUCUUCCUCGGUGUGCUGGCAGUAUUGGCCACCAUUGGGGCUUUUGUCCUUUACAAGAGGUACAAGCAAUACAAGCCUAUUGAGAGAAGCACAGGACAAGCAGACAACCAUGAGGGACUAACUGCUUACUUCAGCAAUUUCAAAGCAAUUUUCUUCCCUAGUAGCACUGAGAAAAAUCCUCUGCUGAAAAGCAAACCAGGCAUUGUUUAAACCUUUAGUCUAACACUGGUUAGGUUACGUAUAGAACUCAUAUCUGAACUGUCCUUUGAUGCUUUUUUCUUAUUAAAAAAACAGGGGUAAGGUGAAAGCACAUAUAGACGGAAUGUUAACUUUUGGGGGCUUGGUGCAAUUAGAAACACUAAAAUAGUCCUUUGCAAAAACAAGGAUAUAGUUUUGAGUACUUGCUGUUCUUGCUUGUGAUCUAGGAUAGAGUGUUCUGAUUCACCCCAUACCCUUUAUCUGGGUUUUCUGACUUCCAGGUUAAUUAGCUGCAGAAAUGAUCAGAUCCACAAUCUGCAGGUGGUUAAAAAAAGGCUAAUUAAACAAAUAAUCCAACCUUGUAAAUAGUUACAUCUUAAACACACAGUCCCUUACAGCUACUUACUGCCUUAGCAGCAUUCAUGCCUUAGCUAGAAAGAAAUAGAAAAACAGACACAGGGGGCAAGCAUGUGUUAUGCCUGUGGAAUGCAACGUGCCAUGGCCUAUUCCCAGGCAUUGCCACUGAACUGCUGACGCUGUUACACUGUUUAGGAGGUCCUAGCACAGUCUUGCUCCAUGUGAGCUAGCUCCCCACCAAGCAAACCCCAGAUUCUGGGAACCACCAGAGGCACUGUGCCCCACCAGGAGUUUGGCAGCAGCCACCCUGUUUUGCAGGGUUCAACAGCAUGGAUGCAGCUCAUUACAUGCCAGUUGGCCUCAGUGCCAGAAAAUAGGGCUGGACACAUUUAGUUUCCUACUGGACAUGUCUACCAGCGUGUAAGUCUCACUAUAAACUAGACCACAGAUACCCAAGCAACAAGAUGAGGCCCAUGUGCUGGGCUCUCC